GAGUAGAUUUAAUUUACAACUCUUCCCCAUCAUCAUCAUUCUCCUCUACAAAACAAAACAUCACACACAGUAGUCAGCAAAUUCAACACUAGAGAAGAAUAAGAGAAACUCUCUCUCUCUCUCUCUCUCUCUCUCACACACACACACACACACAGAGUUGCUUAGAAGAUAGGAUCUAAUGGAGUACGAGAGGAUUCACAAAGUGCAGACUGGUAUAAUAUCUCCAAGUAAGCUAAGGAUGAAGCUUAUAGGACCUCACCAUCACAAGAAGAAAGAAGGAUCAAAUAGUAAUUCCUCAAGAACUUCUCCUGCUAGGCUUGAGGAUUCUGAGUUUGUCAACAACAGUUUGCUGGCUACCCAAAGUGGAGAUUUAGAGGAUGAAUAUGCCAAUUUAGAUGCUGCAGAAAAUAAAUUGCCAGGAAAUUCAUGCCUGCCAAAGGAAAAUGGGGAAGCCACUCGUGCGAAAAGACAGCAGUUUUCCAAAACGGAUGGUGGAAAUUCUAGUUCAGUUCAUCCAGUUAAAGGUUGUGAAGAUGAGAAUUUUGAUUAUGAUAGUACAUCCAGCUUUGAGUUUCAUAAAGGAGAGAGAUCAACACACCACCAUUCCGUAACAGCAAGGUCGUUUUCACGGCCCAUUCCUUCUAAGUGGAACGACGCGGAGAAGUGGAUAAUGAAUAGGCAAAAUGUGCAUGCUAAUCAUUCAAAGAAGGUUCAAUUACAGAACCAAGCAUACCGGGGGCCUGCUACGAGCAUGGUUAGAGUUGCUCCAGAAUCUAGUAGUUAUGAAAAUAAAUUAGCGGUUAAGAAGGUUGAUUUUUGUCAAUCCGCAUGUCAGAUAGUGCCCGAGAAUUUUGAUUUUGAUCAACCUGGUUCCCAUAGUCAAGGUAAUGGAGCGAAUGCCGUGUCACUUGAUCUUUGCCCUGAAAGUAAGGAUUUGACUGAGGUGACAGAAGAUAGAACAGUUGGCUCUGCAAUAAGAUCAGUCUCCAUGAGAGAUAUGGGAACAGAAAUGACUCCUAUUCCAAGUCAAGAGCCUUCAAGAACAGCUACACCUGUUGGUGCAACAACUCCACUCCGCAGCCCCACUUCUUCUAUCCCGUCUACACCUCGUAGAGGAGAUCCAGCUCCGACGCCAAUUGACAAUGCUUCUCAAACUUCGACUGAAAACAAUAAAAGGGAAUUGUCGGAGGAAGAAUUAAAGACGAAGACAAGAAAAGAGAUUGUAGCCCUUGGUGUCCAACUCGGUAAAAUGAAUAUAGCUGCUUGGGCGAGCAAAGAUGAGAAGGAUAAAAGCGAGGCUGAUGCUGUUGAGGCUGAACGAAUGGAAUAUGCUAAAAGGGCAGCUGCUUGGGAGGAAGCAGAAAAGUCAAAGCACACUGCAAGAUAUAAGCGUGAAGAGAUAAAAAUCCAAGCUUGGGAAAGUCAGCAGAAAGCAAAGCUAGAAGCAGAAUUGAGGAAAAUAGAGGCACAAGUUGAAGAAAUGAGAGCACAAGCACAAGCAAAGAUGGUGAAGAAGAUUGCUAUGGCUAGACAAAAAUCAGAAGAAAAGCGCGCUGCAGCUGAAGCUAAAAGAAAUCAGCAAGCUGAAAAAACUACAGAGCAAGUUCAGUACAUACGCCAAACAGGUCGACUUCCAUCAUCUUCGUCUUUCACAUGUUGUGGCUGGUUAUGAUUAUGAUUAAGCAGGAGCGGCAAAGAAGGUCAUAAUCAAGUUUCACAUGCACAUUGAACUUACGAGUUAGCCUCUCUUAUACUGUCCGGAUUUGUGAUAACAGAAAGUAUAGUAUCAUGCCGAACGUUGUCCAUCCUUGUAUCUAUUUUUUUGCAAUCUGCAAAUGUAAGUUUUUACGUGGUAUGAAGUUUGGUUUGGUCAUUGA